AUGAAUAAAAUUAUAGAAGAGAUACAUCAGUUAUCAAAUAUAAAAGAUAUUAAUGUAAAAUAUAAAAUGCAAUCACAUAUUGCAUACCAAGAAAUUAUAGGAUCUUUAAUAUGGGUUCUUAUAUAUUCUACAAAAAUUAUUUUUGUAAAUAAUCAUUGCACUAAAUUCUGCUAUGAGAUAGAAGUAACAACACAUUUGCUUCGAGAAAUAGAUAUUUACUACUUAGAUAAUUCCAUUAGAAAUGAGGUGCAACAAUUUUUAUUACAAAUUUUUCUUCAUCCUUUAAAAUUUAUUGCUGGUGGUUAUAUUCUUAACAAUAAGUUAUCAACAAUGAUUUUUGGUGGUAUAAUGACUUUUUUGGUUGUAUUGGUACAAAUUAGUUCGUCACCAAGUAUGAUGAAGCCUUUAAGCAGUACCUUUAAAGAUAAUUGA